AUGCCUCCCUUGAGAGCUGAAAGGCCUUGGCAGCCCAGGAGAGUCCACUUCAAUCCCAGGCCUGGCCUGAACAACCAACAUGGUGAACAAACAGUGAGGUAUAAGCAUGAAUUCCCUGCUUUUGAUUAUGAUAACCCAAGGCUAUGGGUAGUAAGGUGUGAGCGAUUCUUUAUGCUAGCUAGAAUUCUCAGGGAUGAAGUAAUGCAUGUCUUGUGUGUCAAUUUAUCUGGAAAAGUAGCUAUGUGGUAUGAAACCUACCUUAAUAGUCUGAGAGAAGGAUUUCAAUGGGAGGUGUUUGCUAGGGCUAUUUGCAAGAGAUUCUGUGAUACUCAUGCAUAUGUCAUGGAGGAAUUCUCAAAUUUUAAACAAUGGGGGAGUGUGGUAGAGUUUUCUGAUAAGUAUGAAGAGUUCAAGGGGCUUUUAUUGCAGAGUUAUCCCACAUUAACUGACCAAUAUUUUUUGGAUAGUUUUGUGGUGAGAUUGAAACAGCAAUUGAGAUGUUUUGUAAGGACCUCUAGGCCUGCUAAUUUGGAGGAAGCAAUGUGGCUAGCCAAACAGUUUGAAAAAGGAUUAAGGGUGAGUGAGACUUCCAGAAACAACCCUACUAGUACCCCAAAAUCAUCCUAUAACAAUCCCAGAGCCCCAUUCCAGAACCAAAGAACCCAAACCAAUCCCAGAACAUACUUCCCUAAACAGAAUGACCCAAACAGAAACCAACCUUACCAAUUACCAGCCAAAACUACAACUUCCAACUCUUUUCAAUCCAAUGCCAGGUCUCCUGAAGUCACUAAACUCAGGGACCAGCUUAGAGAGCAAAACAGAUGUUAUAGAUGCUUUGAUCCAUGGAGCCCUGGGCACAACUGCAAGAGUCCCACCUUUAAUAUUUUGGAAGGAAUGGAAAACCAAGAAGGAGAAGAGGUCAGUAUGGGGGACCAGAUAGAUGAAGAGGAAACUGAGGAUAUACAUGAGGAAGAGGCAGUAGAAGUCACUCUUAAUGCUGUUAUAGGAGGGGAAGGCAUGAAUACCAUUAAACUACUAGGCUUAAUUGGUAAGCAGGUGGUAAUCAUCUUGGUGGAUAGUGGGAGUACCCACAGCUUUGUGGAUCCCAAGGUAUUAGAUCAAAAGGGAAUUGUUGCUGAGAAAACUGAGAAUCUUAAAGUCACAGUGGCAAAUGGUGAGUCUAUGGGGUGUGAUUCAGUUUGCAAAGGGUUGGAAUGGCAGGUGCAGAAGGAGCAAUUUAAGAAAGAUUUGAGAGUCUUGAAAUUAGGUGGCUGUGAUAUUGUGCUUGGAAUGGAUUGGAUAGACACAUAUGCUCCAAUCCAACUGCACACAAGGCCUCCUGGCAUAUCUUUUCACAAAGAUGGCAAGAGGGUUAUGUUGAAAGGGCUGACCAAGAAAAUUGUGUUGCAACAGGCAUCUAAAAAGGAGAUUAGAAGGUGGAAGAAGGAGGGAGUGCAAGGGUACCUCCUACAAGGCAUGAUGCAGGCUAUUCAUUCCUCUAAGGAUGCGGAAUCACCUUCCAGUGAGCUUACUGUUAUCUUGCAGGAGUAUCAGGAGAUUUUUGAUGAGCCUAAGGGCCUACCACCUUCAAGAUCCUUGGACCAUGAGAUUCCCUUAAUUCCAGGGUCUAAGCCAGUACACUCCAAACCAUAUAGAUACUCAUAUCUUCAGAAGAAUGCAAUAGAGAAGAUAGUAGAUGAGAUGUUGACUGCUGCCAUCAUUUCCCCAAGUUCCCAUCCCUUUGCCUCACCAGUUCUUUUAGUGCCAAAAAAGGACAACACAUGGAGGUUUUGUGUGGAUUACAGAGCUCUAAAUGGCAUUACAACCAAGAACAAGUUCCCAAUUCCCUUAAUAGAGGACUUGUUCUCAGAAUUGGCAAAUGCAAAGGUUUUCACCAAAUUGGACUUAAGGGCCGGCUAUCACCAAGUGAGAAUGAAGAAGGGUGAUGAGUAUAAGACUGCCUUUAGAACACAUCAAGGCCUUUAUGAAUUCAAUGUUAUGCCAUUUGGAUUGACUAAUGCACCAGCUACAUUUCAAGCUCUCAUGAACUUGGUGUUCAAGCCCUUGAUAAGGAAGACAGUCUUGGUGUUUUUUGAUGACAUAUUGGUUUACAGCCCUUCACUGAGCCAACACUGGGAACAUCUAAGGGAGGUGCUUGACAUAAUGAAGAAAAACCAGCUAUUAGCCAAGCUCAGUAAGUGUUCCUUUGCUAAGAAGGAGGUAGAGUACUUAGGACACAUUAUUUCUGAGAAUGGGCUACAAACUGACCCAGGGAAACUUGUUGCUGUGUCUGCUUGGCCUAAACCUGCCACCAUCAAGGAGUUGAGAGGAUUCUUAGGGCUCACUGGAUACUACAGAAGGUUCAUAAAGUCCUAUGGAACCUUAAGUAGACCCCUGACUGACAUGUUAAGAAAGAAUGCAUUCCAGUGGAGUGAUGAAUCAGAAAAGGCUUUUGAGCAGCUCAAAGUGGCUUUAUGUUCAGCACCAGUCCUUGCCCUACCUGACUUUAAUGAGACUUUUGUGGUAGAAGCUGAUGCAUGUUAUAAGGGUAUGGGGGCAGUGCUUAUGCAGGAGGGUAAACCAAUAGCCUACUAUAGCAAAGGAUUUGGUCCUAAACACCUUGGGUUGUCUAUUUAUGAGAAGGAAUAUCUAUCCAUUAUCAAUGCUAUAGAUAAGUGGAGAUCUUAG